AUGGCCAUCUAUCCUUCGAAACAUGCCGGACCAAGCCAGGUCCGCAGCUAUCGGGCAACAGUCUUGACAACGAAACAUAAAUUGUCACUUCCGGAUACCACUUCAAUGGCAAAUAACUGGAGAUUCGGCCGUGAGCAUGACCUUCGUGAGGCAUCUCGGGAAGACUUUCGCCAUCUGUUUGGAGCGAUCGGUCCGUCACUUUACCACAGCGUCAGUGAGGAUAUGGCUGCUGCGUGGCAUUCGACCCCAGCGGGCUCUCUUAUUGAUCCUCGGUAUUUUAACUCGUAUUAUUAUCCUAUUGUUCUACUAGGGUAUUCGAAGCGAUAG